AUUUAUAAGAAAGACAUAUGUGAAGAAUCUUAAUCAGUUUCGGAUCAUUUUCUGUUGAGAAACAUUGAAAUGAUGAAGUUACUCCAAUAUGUCUCGUUGGUUUCAUUGUUGGUGGUGUUCGCGUUUGUCAAAGCAGACGACGAAUUAUAUUCCGACAAGUACGAUUACAUAGACCCCAAGGAAAUCGUCGCCAAUGAUCGUUUAAGGGAUGAGUAUUAUAAUUGUUUCAUGGACACCAGCCCUUGUGUUACCCCGGACGCGAUAUUCUUCAAAUCGAAUUUACCAGAGGCAAUAAUAACUAAAUGCAAGAAGUGUACAGAAAAGCAAAAGGAAAACUUUGAAUUUAUAGCUGUUUGGUAUAACGAUAAUCGUCCAGAUGAAUGGAAUGCUCUCGUUAAAAAGUUCAUGGAAGAUGCAAAGAAAAUGAACAUAGCAAAUUCGAAAUACCUUGUAAUAAUAUCGAUUGAGAAUCGUCAUUCAUUUCUCAAGAUUUUUCUUAUUUGCCUCUUCCAACAUUCAUUUCUUUCACAAUUUAACAAAAAAAUCAUAAUGGCGCAUAAUUUAUGGAUAUUAUCAAUCGUUGUACUAUCCAGUAUGAUUUUCUCAGUGUUCGCGAAUAACUCGGAUGAUACCAAAUAUAUAACGAAAUAUGACAAUAUCAACGUAGAUGAAAUAUUGAAUACACCUCGAUUACGUAAUCAAUAUGUCGAUUGUUACGUAGGACGUACACCGUGUGUGACGCCAGAAGCAAAAUUCUUAAAAGAUGUACUGCCGGAAGUUUUAGUGACCAAAUGUAAAAAAUGUUCAGAUAAGCAGAAAGUAAUUUUCGACAAGGUGAUAACUUGGUUUGAGGAAAACGAUAAGGAAACUUGGAAGGUCAUAUUGGCGAAAUCUAUUAAUGAGCAUGUAAAUGUCAGAAGUCGAAGAUCAUAGAUUAAGUUCAUUGGUAAUCUAAAAGAAAAAAGAAAAUGUGAUUAUAUUGUUUAAUAGGUUGUUAUAUAAAAUUUUCACAGAUCUGUGUAUACAAAAAAAAGAAAAAAAAAAAAAAAAAAAAUGUUGAUUCUAUACUAUGAUUCGUCGUAAAAUAAAUUACAAAUAAAAGCAAAAUUAAUAAAAUGUUUAUUAUUGAAAUUAAAUGUUACAUAAGUUACAUUACGUUUUAUACUUAUGUAUGAAUAACAUUUACAUACUUGUAUGUAUUAUAUAUAUAUAUAUAUAUAUAUAUAUGUAUGAUUAAUAUUUUAUAUUCCCAUAUUAUAUAUACAUAUAUACAUACAGGAAAAUAUUAAUCCUUAAGAUAUGCUUCAAACUUAUCGAAAUAUAUAUUCUCAGGAUCGUAUUUCGUUUGAAACUGAUUCCAUACAUUUGGCUUUUUUUCCUUCAGUUGCCAAAGCUUGUUUCCUAUUUUCUUCUGGUACUCGUUACAUCUCGCGCAUUGUGUGGCCAAUAUUUCAGGAAGUAUUUCUGCAAUACAAGUUAACAACGAUUAUUUUAUUAAAUGUCAAUUUUGUUUGUUUGUUUGUAUUCCUCAUAUGUAUAUAAUUACGUACUAAAAGGAAUGAAUUAAGGAAUUAAAAUAUAAAAGAAAAAAAAUCCAAAAGAAAAUAAACAUUAAAAUCCUGUUAAGAUUAUAGAUCAAGGACAAAGAUUAUGAAAGGAGUAAACCUGUUUUAAUGCAGACCAUAAAAGGUUGUUUCAAAAGUUUUUUAUAUAUGAAAA